UGACUUUGGAGAAAUUUACGACCAUGUUCCUACAGUUGGGUAUUCUGGUUUGUUUCCUCUUCGUGGAAGAAAUUAGUGGCCAUGGCAUGAUGCUGCAGCCACCAAAUCGCAGUUCCUUGUGGAGGUACAAUCCAAACGCACCCGCCAACUACAACGACAACCAGAACUACUGUGGUGGAGCAGGAGUACAAUGGGCCACCAUGGGUGGUAAAUGUGGAGUCUGCGGUGACCGCUACAACGAACCUCACCCUCAACCUAACGAAAACACGGGCAAGUAUGGUCAAGGGAUCAUUGCUGCAGAGUACACAGCUGGAAGUGUUAUCGAUGUUCAUAUUCGGCUAACCACAAACCAUAAGGGUUUCUUUAAUUUUAGUUUGUGCGUUUUGCAAAAUCCCAAUGCACCAGAAUCUGGAGAAGACUGUUUCCAGGCUUUGACUUUGGAAAAUGGAAAUACUCAGUACAAUGUCGUUCCUGAAGAGAAAGAGAUUUAUCCUAGGGUUAGGCUGCCAAGUGGUUUGAGAUGCGAUAGGUGUGUGCUGCGUUGGCAUUAUCAAGCUGGUAACAACUGGGGACAAUGUGACGAUGGAAGCUAUGGACAAGGUUGUGGACCUCAAGAAACCUUCAGGUCGUGUGCUGAUAUAAGAAUUAAAUAAGAUUAGUUUAUUGUCAAUAAAAAGAUUCAAUUAAAAAAAACAUUUAUCGAAAAGCAAAAAA